CCUUCGCCUCAGUGGGUCACUGGCACGAUGGAGUCUCCGUGUUCUACCUCUAGAGCCCUGUUUGUACUUCUACUCUGCUAUGCCUUCAGUCAUGCAUUACACACAGAACCUGAAGACACGCCUGAAGGUUACUACGCCUUCGUAGAGUCUCCCAACAUCGUACCUCCACAGGUGCGACCACCACCAUACCUGAGGUCCAGCAAACCCUGCGCUGGUUUGAUGGAUUUAAGUGCAAAGAAAUCAUUAAGAAACCUCUGUGGCGAUCUAAACAAAGGUUUCAUCCCGAGGAACCCAAUGAAACAGAAUAUCCUUGGUUCUCCAUACCCAUUUGACCUGCUGAAGAAUAAAACGUUAGAGUUCUUCAGUAAGUCUCUGCCCAUCCUUCAGGCUGAUGAAAGUCUUCCAAAGGUUACCAAGUACCAGCAACAUUAUGACAACGACCUCUACAGUUAUUCUUCAGGAAAACAGAGGACGAAGAGAGAGGAUAAGCAGGAUGAACAGAAGAACAAAGAGGAUAACAAACAAGAUGACACACAAGACAAAAGACAGCAAAGGCAAGAUCACUUGCAACAAACAUUGGAUGUCUUGAGGAGUGUUCUGACUGGAAACUACCAUGAAGAAAUGAUCAACACAACGAGAAGAAUUGCGAGGAAAUUCUGCGAACGAGGGGGCGGGGUACUAUGUAUGCUUUACCGAGCCAUCCAGGGUGAGCCGCUGUACGGACGGGAACCUCAGCGAAGAGAAGACGACGUUCCACAAAGACGAGAUGACAUCGGCAACUCUCUCCCUGUGGACGGACCACCCACACCCUGUCCUGCCAAGGUGGAGUAUGCAACGCCAGUGUUUGCUCGUAACUACCAAGGCGUCUGGCGCUACGUGGUCCAGAUACCUUACGAGGGAUACUUCACACAGACUGUGGAGAUCACUAAGUGUCUGCAAAGCAAGUGCUACUACAUAGACGGAGGCUGCCUCUCAUCACCAAGGUGGUUAAGUCUACUAGUAGCCGAGAUCUACUACCCAGACGCCUACAUGCCCCCGGACUCUCGCCCCGCAGUGCCCCGUCCCCCCAUAGUGGGGGGAGAGCCCCCUGCCCCCCACAGUCAUCCUCACUACCGCACUUUCUCUGACAGAGCCGGGGUACCAGCUGACAAGAAUGGUGCUGCUAAACCUCACUGUGACGGGGUUGACGACUUAGGCUGCUUCCAGGUACGUCUCUACUAUGACUGGUUUCUGGUACCCGGAAGCUGCAAAUGUUGGAGGCCAGAUUAUUUCUCCCGUUAUGUAAGACGGAAGACUCCCUCUACGGAACUUUAAGUUGCUGGGGACUAUCUGAACAGCUGGUGCUAAAUAUACUAACUUGUAUUUUUUAAGUUCUGAGACGUCAGGUUUCAUGUUUUAAACAGCUAAACUGAGGAACCGUGGUUUCCUACUUUACUGUAUUUAGUCAACAUGCAGCCACCACAAAAUAAUUCAUUGUUCAAUCUUGUUAUUUAUAAUGAAUACCCAUUUAAAACUAAACAUAUUAUAGCCUACCAAAACACUUUUUCAUAAUGAAUUGUCACGAACAAGUAUUAUAUUUCUGUGGGGGAUUGCCUAGAACCUGCUAGAACACAUCACUUGUACCGACUGUAGAAGGUUUUAUGUAUAAUAAAAGGUUUAUGCGGUACAGAAACUGAACAUGGAAAGAAUUUGUCAGGAAAUGUUAUAGAAAGCUUCUAAUAGAUCGUUGGAACUUUGACGACAGUUUUUGAGAACAACAAUUUCUUGUAUUAAAUCACUUUUAUAAAUUAUUCUCUUUAACAAUGAAAUUCACAUUAUGCUCUCCCUUGUGAAUUUCUCAUGUUUUGAGCAACAUUAUGUUUUCAUGGUGAAAGGAGUAAACAAAAUGGAAUGAUAUGGAGGUGGACCAUAAAAAAUAUAUUAGAUUAAAACUGUAUUUUACAGUUUUAUUUCAAAUAUGCCGUUUUUUUAACAUAUACACCCAAAACACCAUUUGAGUACUGUUUUAAAACUCCACCCUGUAAAUACUUAAUGUUUUAAUUUUUUUUUACUAUUUGUUAAACAGGGUUUAUUUUUAUUUAUGUUAAUUGUUUCACUGUAUAACCUGUGUACAUAAGAGUUAUUAUUUAUUUGUUUGCUUAGCUUAGCGAUAAGAAUGUAUAAUUUGAAAUAUGCUCUCCAUUUACAAUAUUUGUACUGUUCAAUACCCUCAGUUGUACCUGGUUAUAAAUCUGUUGAAAAGGUCCAAGAGGUGCCAAGAGAAAAGUAUAAAGCUUUUAAAUAAUCUAAAACAUAACAAUACACAACCUCCUCCUAUGUUGUAUGCUGUAUAUGAGGGAAAUGGUGUGCUAAAACCUAAAUCUUGGCCCCAGAACAAUACAAAUAUUUUGACUGAUGCAUUUAAUUGUCAUCUAGUUUAUAAGUGUAUGUAUAUAUUCACAAUAUAUAACAUUAUGUGUUCAUAUUUGUAAUUUUGAUAUUAUUGAUUGUUCAAGAUUGUUAUACACAUAAGACAAACUAUGUGAUAUAGGUUUUGAUAGUAUUACUAUAUUUAUUUCUAGAUACGCUUUGUUCCAGUAGCUUUUUACUUUCUUAAGAUAUUGAUAUUGUUGAAACAUAGUGAUAGUUUACUUAACAUACCGACUUUGUGGAUAGUGAUCCAGUGUUCAACCACAAUUCACUUAUUUUUACGAUUUGUAAAUAAAGUUUUUA